AUGAGUAGCGGAGGAUACAACACGCUCAAGAAAAUUACAGAUGUGGCCGUGUUUCUCGGCGCCACGGUGUCGAUAUACUACCUCAUGAAGCGUGUACUGGCUGACAUGCAGCAGGGCAGUAACAGUGCAGACAACAAAAAGAAGACCUCGGCUUCGCUUCGGAAGUUGCAGGCCCGGUACCCCGGCAUGGAGCUUGAUCUGGACGAGUACGAGCGGAUCCUGGUCCAAAGCGUGGUCACUCCGUCCGAGAUCAAGGUCGGAUUCAAGGAUGUGGGUGGUCUGGACGACAUUAUCGAAGAUCUUCGUGAGUCCGUUCUGUACCCCCUGACCAUGCCCGAGCUGUUUGGAGGCAACCGAACCGCCACCAUGGACGAUGAUGAUCAGGAUGAUAACGACGACAAGCCCGCUUCCAAGUCGUCGUUCUCUGACCUGCUCAAGCCCCCCAAGGGAGUCCUUCUGUAUGGCCCUCCUGGCUGUGGAAAGACCAUGCUGGCCAAGGCGCUGGCUGCCGAGUCCGAGGCCAACUUCAUCAACAUCAAAAUGAGCAACAUUAUGGACAAGUGGUUUGGAGAGUCCAACAAGUUGGUGGCUGCCAUCUUUUCUCUGGCCAACAAGCUGCAGCCCUGUAUUAUUUUCAUCGAUGAGAUUGACUCGUUCCUGCGGGAGCGACAGAGCACCGACCACGAGGUCAUGUCUAUGCUCAAGGCUGAAUUUAUGACGCUGUGGGACGGUUUGACGUCUGACGGCCGAGUUCUCGUGCUGGGAGCCACAAACAGACCCAACGACAUUGAUAACGCCAUUCUGCGACGAAUGCCCAAGCGGUUCUCGGUCAAACAGCCCACCUCGGAUACGCGCCGAAAGAUUCUGGAGAUCAUUCUCGCCGAUGUGGAGCUCGACGACACCGAGUUCGACAUGGACGUUCUGAUCAACUACACGGCAGGCAUGUCGGGUUCAGACAUGAAGGAGAUCUGCCGAAAUGCCGCCAUGAACGCCGUGCGAGAGUACAUGCGGUCCAACAUUGAGGACGGAAAGCUCAAGAAGGAGCGGGACCAGAUGCAGGUGCGACCUCUGAAAACGUCGGACUUUAUGAGCGCCUCUGUGGCUGCGGCACUCUUGCCCAACAACAGAGUUCCCGAGGUCUCUGUGGAUUAA